GGCAGCCGAGCCGGAGCAACAUGGCGCCGGUGGGCGGGGGCGGGCGCCCGGGCGGCGGGCCGGCCCGAGGGCGCCUCCUCCUGGCGGCGCUGGUGCUGCUGUGGGCGCGGGGGGCCGGGGGCCAGGGCGACCCCCAGCGAGCGGCGAUCCUGGGCAUGAGGCUGGCGAGCUGCAACAAAUCGUGCGGGAUGGACCCCGAUGGCAUCAUCUUCGUGUCCGAGGGCAGCACGGUGGUCCUGAGGCUCUACGGCCACCGGCUGGGCUCCAUCUCCAGCAACCUCAUUUCCUUCACCGAGUUGGACAGCUACGAGAGCUCCCACAACUCCACCACCUGCCCCGAGCUCACCAAGGACCUGGUCGUGCAGCAGAUGGUCAACGUGAGCCGCGGCAACACGUCCGGGAUGCUGGUGGUGCUCACCAAGUUCCUGCGGAGGAGCGAGAACAUGAAGCUGUACGCGCUGUGCACCCGCGCCCGGGCCGACGGGCCCUGGCAGCGCUGGAUCGACAAGGACUCGCUGCUGUACAUGGUGGAGGAGGCUGGGCGCUUCCUACCCCUCUGGCUGCACAUCCUCCUCAUCUUGGUGCUGCUCGUGCUCUCCGGCAUAUUUUCUGGCCUCAACCUGGGCCUCAUGGCCCUGGACCCCAUGGAACUGCGCAUCGUGCAGAACUGCGGCACCCAGAAGGAGCGGCGCUAUGCGCGCAAGAUCGAGCCCAUCCGGCGCAAGGGCAACUACCUGCUCUGCUCGCUGCUCCUGGGCAACGUGCUGGUCAACACGUCCCUCACCAUCCUGCUCGACAACCUCAUCGGGUCCGGCAUCAUGGCCGUGGCCUCGUCCACCAUUGGCAUUGUCAUCUUCGGGGAGAUCUUACCCCAGUCCCUGUGCUCCCGGCACGGGCUGGCCGUGGGGGCCAACACCAUCAUCCUCACCAAGUUCUUUAUGCUCCUCACCUUCCCCCUCAGCUUCCCCAUCAGCAAACUCCUGGAUUUCGUCCUGGGCCAGGAGAUCCGCACCGUUUACAAUCGGGAGAAGCUGAUGGAGAUGUUGAAGGUGACCGAGCCGUACAACGACCUGGUGAAAGAGGAGCUGAACAUGAUCCAGGGCGCGCUGGAGCUCCGCACCAAGACCGUGGAGGACAUCAUGACGCAGCUGCAUGACUGCUUCAUGAUCCGCAACGAUGCCAUCCUGGACUUCAACACCAUGUCGGAGAUCAUGGAGAGUGGCUACACCCGUAUCCCCGUCUAUGAGGACGAGCAGUCCAACAUCGUGGACAUCCUGUACGUCAAAGACUUGGCCUUUGUGGAUCCCGAUGACUGCACGCCCCUCAAGACCAUCACCCGCUUCUACAACCACCCUGUGCACUUCGUCUUCCACGAUACCAAGUUGGAUGCGAUGUUGGAGGAGUUCAAGAAGGGGAAGUCCCACCUGGCCAUUGUGCAGAAGGUAAACAACGAGGGUGAGGGCGACCCCUUCUAUGAAGUGCUGGGCCUGGUCACGCUGGAGGACGUCAUCGAGGAGAUCAUCAAAUCCGAGAUCCUGGACGAGUCUGAUAUGUACACUGACAACCGAAGCCGGAAGCGGGUGUCUGAGAAGAACAAGCGCGACUUCUCGGCCUUCAAGGAUGCAGACAACGAGCUCAAGGUGAAAAUCUCCCCUCAGCUGCUCCUGGCUGCACAUCGCUUCCUGGCCACAGAGGUGCCCCAGUUCAGCCCCUCUCUGAUAUCGGAGAAAAUCCUGCUGCGGCUGCUCAAGUACCCAGACGUCAUCCAGGAGCUCAAGUUCGACGACCACAACAAGCACUUCGUGCACCAUUACCUAUACACGCGGAACAAGCCGGCCGACUACUUCAUCCUCAUUCUGCAGGGCAAGGUGGAGGUGGAGGCGGGGAAGGAGAAUAUGAAGUUCGAAACGGGCGCCUUCUCCUACUACGGCACCAUGGCUCUGGCCUCGGCCCCCUCAGCGCCUUCAGCCCAGGCCGGGUGUCCGCCUGGCAAGCGGAACUCCCUGCUGUCCUGGCUCUCAGACCGCUCCCCAACCCACACCACCCCGCUCAGCCGGUCCGCCUCCCUCAGUUACCCGGACCGCACAGACAUCUCCAGCCCAGUGCCCCUGGCAGGCAGCAGUAACCAGUUUGGCAGCUCCAUCCUGGGCCAGUACAUCUCUGACUUCAGUGUCCGAGCGCUCAUGGACCUCCAGUACAUCAAGAUCACCCGGCAGCAGUACCAGAACGGGCUGCUGGCCUCCCGCAUGGAGAACUGUCCUCAGCUGCCCCUGGACGGCUGCACCAUUUGCACAGAGAACAUGGCUGAGAAGUCGGAGCUGCCGGUGGUGGACGAGACCACGGUUCUUCUCAACGAGCGCAACUCCUUGCUACACAAAGCCUCCCACGAGAGCACCAUCUGACAGGAGGGCCCGGGGUCCCCCGCCCACCCUGCGGGGGCCUCCCCAGUGGGCCCGUCGGAAGAUAGGGAGCCUGAGAGGCCGGAAAGGGGCGCAGACCGCCCCUCUGACGCGGUGGCCGAGGGCCUCCAGUUGGCAGGGGGUCUGGCCUCUGACAGGGACCUCUGAGCCGCGUGCUCAGAAGCAGUGCCACCCGGACUGAUGGGUGGGUUUGGGGCCAGCCGCCAUGAGCAAGGCUGGCUUUUUUUUUUACUGAAUUUCUAAACUAGGCUCAUUGCUCCUCUUUUUAGAUAUCAUUGGGGAAGGGAACAGGGAAGGGAAGACAGGGUUAAGGAACUUUAUUUUGAAGAGAAAGACUUUUUUUAAAAAAACAAAACAAAACUGUACAAGGGGUAUGCUUUCUCACCCUGGAAACGAUAGCCAUAAUGUCCCGGCCACGACCUCUCUGUCCCUGGCUCAGGGUCUCCACUCCUCGUGCUUCUCCUAGAGGCCUGCAGGGGUAGCACCCCCCCACCCAUUGGGAGGAUGUUCUCCCAAGCAGGCGAAGAACCAAACAGCACCGAGAACAGCCACCGAGGCUCAAUGAGGCUGGUCUUGGCAGUCACCUGGCCCGCCAGGUUCUGAGUAACAGGUGCCCAGAGCACAAGGGGUACCUGACCUGUCUGUCCUGCCGGUCACUGUCUAGGACUCUGGGCUGUCCACAGGCUGGCUGGGAGGUGGGGCUGGACUGAGGCUCCAUCCUGCAUCCCUAGUGGUUGGCCUCAGUCCUGCCCCCUAGGACAUCUCACUCCUGUAACAGGACUGACUUCAAAGUGUUAGGUGGGGUCUCAGACCUUCAAGCUUGCCCCUGCCCCCCAGGCCCCCAGGCCCUGCGCUCUUCUUACCAAAGGUUCUUCCCGCCUGGGUUGGGCGUGGGGGGUGGGGUGGGGGGUACGUGCAUUCGAGGUGUCUGAACCAGGUGGUUCCAGGGUGGAAUCUGCUUCUGGGCCCCUGCGUGGUCAGCAGUCGGCACCGCACAGUGAAAGCCAGGUCUCACCGCUAAACUACGAAGUCCUCUCUGGACUUUCUACGUAAAACUCCAAAGCCCGCAUCUCGGGGCUCAUGGGCUGAGGACGUGUGGGGGGACCCACCCUAGCAGCUUCUCCAGGCCCUGUGCUCCGUGCCAGGCCAUCCUGAUGCGCUCACUCGGAGCGCAGCCGACGUCUCCCACCCCGGGGGACCCUGCGUCCGUGUGAUCCUCGAGUGACACCGUCAUCCUGGCUUCUGCUGGAGUUAGUGGUCCUCCAGGGACCCAGCUUUACAGGAAAUUCCCUCCCAACCCCCAGCGCCUUUUCCCAGCCUGAGCCAGGGCCCACUGCCAAUCCCCAGGCGUCUUCCUCCCGGGGAGCCAGGUGGCAGGUGGAGUGGGUGCUGGGCCCCAGGCGAGAGAGACUGGGCCGGCCUUCCCACUGAGUAUUAUUUAUUCACUCCCGUCCUCGACCGUGCCACACCUGGCCCUCGCUGACCUCUGCUCCCAAGACCUGCAAACCCCGACUCGGGGCACCGAGACUUGCCUCGUGCCAGGCGUGUCUGCCUGGUGAGUCCCCGGUCUUCCCCGGCCCAAGGCUGGCCUGGAAGCCGGUGACCUCUGUGGUUUCUUAACCCGAGGGAAAAAGGACAAGCAGCCAUUAGCUCCCGGUGUGGGCAACCCCUUCAUUUUCUGAAUCUGCCGGGGGCUGGCCCAGCUGGUUCCUGAGAGACCCGAGUGCCACGUGCAGCAUCCCGCGUUGGCCCAGGCCCAGCGAGUGUAUGCGAAGGCAGGGGAGUGAGCGAGUGCACACACUGCCAGGCUACCUCUUUGCACACACAGUUAAUACCAACACACAGCGAGACCCCCUCCUCGCCGCCCACGCUGUCCCUUCCCCCUUUUAUAAUCACUUCUUGCAGAGGGUCCUAAUUUUUUCCCGAAUAUUACUGGUCCGAUGACUUCCUCCUCCCAGUGCAAUUUUUCACUUCCUUUUUUUCCAACCUCUGGUUCCUGGGCUGAGCCACACCCUGGGACCCGACACCCCCGCAUGUCCUCCCGGGUCUGGGAGACCUUCACAAAGGGCCUCCAGAUGGGUCGGUGAGUCACAGCCGCCACAGUGGAAAACUCCUAUUUAUUUUGCAUAAGAUUUUAAUUUGUAUAUUUUUGUGAUUUAUUUUGGCAUUGUUAUAAGUUUGACUCUCGGGGAGUUUUGUUGUUACGACUCUUGUGUCUUUUGUCACAAAACAAUGAUAAUAUUUGCUAAACAAUAUAUGGAAUUUAUUUUUGAUUGGUAAUAAAACAAUGAAAUAUG